UGAAUUUCUUAAAAAGAGUGAAAAAGCAGAAAUUCCAAAACCAAAACCCCCGUCAGCCGAUUAAGAAAACCAGCUUUAUACAAAUCAGACACCACACACCCACACCCUUUCUCUCUCUUGCUGAAGAUUUCAAUUUGAGGAGAAGAUCGAUUUUUUCAUCUUCAAUUGAGGAGAGGGAGUCAAGUCCCACCAAAGAAAAAAUGAGUGAAGAGACGAAGAGGAACGGCGGUGGGGCGGCGGCGCCGCUCAUCUCCUCCGCCGAGGAUCGGAAGUCUUCCUCCGGAUCGAAUCCCAGCAAGAAAGUCAUCAUUAAGAGUGCAGACAUGAAGGAGGACGUGCAGAAAGAAGCUGUUGACAUUGCCAUUGGCGCGUUUGAGAAGUUUAGUGUAGAGAAGGAUGUGGCGGAGCACAUAAAGAAGAUGUUCGACAAAAAAUACGGCCCAACUUGGCAUUGCAUCGUUGGCAAGAAUUUCGGUUCUUAUGUAACUCACGAAACGAAUCACUUUGUCUACUUCUAUUUGGACUCCAAAGCUGUACUCCUCUUCAAAUCUGGCUGAGCCGUGCAAUAGUGACUUGAAUGGAGACGGACAAUGACGAAUGAUGAAGAACAUAAGAUGAUUAUGUCAUAGCCGUCGCCUUGCUUUUUGUAUGUAUCAUCAUUCACAUAUCUUUAUCCAUGGAAAACUCCCUCAACUCUUGUAUAUUUUGUGUGAACUUACUGCAUUGACACUAAGGUGUCGUUCAUUCCCACUGGUUUCUUGUCCGUCUUGCAAUGUUUGCUCGUUGUUCUUGAAGAUGAGAAUGGGAAAAGUAAUUUACAAGAAA